AUGCCGUUCCUGCAGCUGCUGCCGUCGGCGGUCGACAGGGACGGCGGCGGCGACGACGAUGGCGAGGAAGGCAAAGGCGGCGCCGGCGGGGGCGGCUGGAAAUUGAAGCGGUCCAAGUCUGAUUACCUGAAGCAUGAAGGCGCCGGCGACGAGGAGGAGGCUCUGGGGCUGCUCGACCCCCGGGGCUCGGCGGCGGCGGCGGCAGCGGCGGCGGCGGCGGACGGCGCGCGGGGGGCGCAGGUGGAUCUGCCGCAGCUGAAGUACGAGGCGCCCUGGCGGCAAAGCGGCGGCGGUGGUGGCAGUGGCGGGCGGUGA